AGAACCAACAGUUUCAAUGCUAUCUAUGCACGAGUCCUCUCAAGACCAUAUUUUGUCCAAAUGUGUUCAUGCGUCCUAACAUUGACCCAAAAAUAAUCUAACUAAUAAUCUAUCGACAGUCAAACUGAUCGAUCUCAUAAAAAUAGAUAGGAACUUUAAUUUUGGGAAAAGUGUUCCGUCGGUGCAACCUGUAUGGACUUCUGACAUUAGCGGCAGCCGUAUCUCGGCUAGGCUAGGAUACAAGUAAAGUUUUCUCCGAAAAAUAGAUCCUUAGUCUCGAUCUCUUGAGAUCGAGACUGAAAUAAUUUUGACGGUGCGAGAGCAAGAAUCGGAUUAACACAUGUCGUAAACGGGAUUGCCAACAUAUUUAUAUGAAAUGUAUUGAGCUCCGUGUGUGUUACUGACUACUGAAGUGUAGCUAGCUACAUGUUAAUGAUGCUCGCUGUUUCUACGUGUAACAUUAUUCAGAACCAAGCAUGCUGCAGACUGUUUACUAUCUGACAUAUUUAGCAUAAUGUUAACUUAGGCAGGGUUAACAACCCUCAAAACAGUGUAGACGUCAAAUCUUUGUGAUCGCCAAUGAUUACAAGGGUAUGGAGAAAUACACGAAAUGUAUUUAGUUGGCUAACAUUAGCCAAAGUUUUAAAACAGUAUUAGUGUUUCUGCUGUUACGCAGAGUUGUUAUUUUAUUAACUCCUGCAUUCUUUAGUUUCAUAUUGCUUUUUAAAAUGAUGUAUUCAUCAAGAAGAAAACCGGUCCUAUAUUUCCAAGAAGACAGGAGGUUUCUACCAGGGAAGUGGACAGUCUAUAAGCUCUUUGGUCUGUGCAUGGUUCUUGUGCUGGUAUCUCUCUUCUGGCUCCAGCUCAGCUGCACUGGAGACAUGAAUCGCGUAGUAAUGGAAGACAGGCAUCUCCCUCACCAGCCAUGCCCCACAGAGAGACGGGCAGCUGCAGAUAAUCCCACAUGGGGUCCUCACAAACUAGCCCUCAUCAUACCCUUUCGAGAGCGCUUUGAGGAGCUAAUGGUUUUUGUCCCUUUAAUGCACUCCUUUCUUAACAAGAAGAGCAUACUUCAUAAGAUCUUAGUUAUCAACCAAGUGGAUCACUAUCGGUUCAACAGAGCAUCCCUCAUCAACGUUGGUUACAUAGAGAGUGGCAAUGACACGGAUUACAUUGCCAUGCACGAUGUGGACCUGCUGCCCUUGAACGAAGCUCUUGACUAUGGCUUCCCUGAAGAAGGGCCUUUCCAUGUAGCCUCCCCAGAGCUCCAUCCUCUCUACCACUACAAGACAUAUGUUGGAGGAAUUCUGCUUCUUACCAAGCAGCAUUACCACAUGUGUAAUGGUAUGUCCAACCGGUUUUGGGGGUGGGGAAGAGAAGAUGACGAGUUCUAUAGGAGACUAAGAAAAGCUGGUCUACAGCUUUUCAGGCCUAGUGGAAUAACUACAGGAUAUAAAACCUUCCAGCACAUCCACGACCCUGCCUGGAGAAAGAGAGACCAAAAAAGAGUAGCAUCACAGAAGCAGGAGCAGUUCAAGGUGGAUUAUGAAGGAGGCUUGACAAACCUGCAGUACAAGAUUGAGUCUAAACAGGAGCUAAGCAUCAGUGGAGCCCCAUGUACUGUUCUCAACACCAAGCUGGCAUGUGAUCAGGACAAGACCCCGUGGUGUCUGCCUGGCUAGAUGGCCUUCCUCUCUGGGUUGAGCAUGUCCAUGGAUCACCUCACUGCUGCUUGAGAAUAACCUGAAUCCCUUCUCGUAGUCUGAGGUAGCAGCCCACCGUUCCCAAUGACUUAUACAAACUAAUACAAGGGGAAUGCAAAGACUUGGACCUGCACAUGGUGGACAUUUCACAGACUUAGCUUUUCCCUGCAUACAAUACAAUUACAUAACUGCAGCUUCUCCUUCUCUUUCUGACCAGCCCCCCCCCCCUCUCCCCAAUGACAUGGGGGGUGUUUCAUGGCCGAGAGAAAUUAGCCCGAACUCUGUGAGAAUGUAUUUUGAUGAACAAUAAUAAUUAGAACAGUGCUGCUGUUGUUAUAUAUUCCUCAUAGACGCUACAGUCUACUACCCUGCCUUACUUGAAAGUUAUUUGGUUUUGGCAUACUUUUUGUAUGUGUAUUUAUUCACAGAUCUUUGAGAACCAUGUUUUCAUUUUUUUUAAUCCUGUUGUGUCAGUAGGUAAAACGUCCUUUUGUUUGUCUGUUUUGGCCUCUUUUGGCCAAGCAUAUAAAGCUUUUUGAUUGGACAAUAUAGUCCAUCAUUUUAUUUGAGAUGCAUAAAUCAUUUGUACAAUAUUGAGUAUUUAUAUAAGACUAUGCUUUUUGUCAAAUGUGAGGAUGUCUUUUCUCAUUGUUAUAAUUUGCAAUGCAAAUAAAAUAAAUUUAGCAUGAUUAGCAUAGGAAAUUUGUACUAAAGCUUUUCAAAAUGCAGCAGCUGUUUUGUUUCUAUUUUCAAGUGUUUCUUGAGCCAUAAUGAUCAUGGGGACAAUGUCAGUAGAUAAAGUAUUUACUGAAUGUGCUUUCAAACUCAAUCUUUAUUUUAUGUAGAGGGGUGUUAAAGAGGUAUUUCAGAAAGUUGUUUGUUUUUCACUAAUUAAACAUCGGUUAAAGAUG